UGGCUCAGGUUUCUUUGAUACACAUGAACAGAUGUGCUGGGUCUGGAGGGACGGAUUCUUCUUUCAAUGGAAAGCAACAGCACCUUUACGGUUUUUCUUUUCUUUUUCCUUGUAGGAUUUACCUCAUGCAUGGACCAAUUAUUGGGAAGAAUGGAGAGGAGCUGGUUUGCAUACCAUGACCAAGACCUGCUUCAAAGAAAUGGCCGACGAUACGAUGGUGGUGUAAAGCCAAAACUUAAUUUACAGCAAGUAGGAAUUGCACAGGUUGUGAAUUACAACGUAAGCAGUAAAGAGAUUUCAGAGAGAGAGUCCGUCAUCCACAGCCACUACAGUCCUCUUAAUGUCACAGUGAACGGGAGCCCUUGCAUACUUUUCUGGGCCAGAAGAAUCAUGAUUAAGUUUCAGAAUCACACUCAGCUGGACCUAACAGACAAGACAUUUGGUGUUCAUGCGACUGUAGAUGUUACUGAUUCAAACUGCAGUGAAGAAAAUGCUAUGCUUUCCCUUAAUUUUGGUGAUGUUGACAAUUUGAAGGAAUUUAUUAUCAGAUUUAUGCUGACGAACAGUUACUACAAACUGUCCAUCCAAAACUGGUUUACCUUGCAUAGAAUCCAGCUCAUUUACAACCAUUCUGUACAAGCUACAUUCAAUGCAACCCGAAUACAUGCUCCAGCAAGUUAUUCUUAUCACUGUGAACACGUUAGCAACCUCCAGAGGUAUGAUGCGCUGCUGACACCCAGCUCCACAAAUGAUGCAGCCAGGCUUUGGGAAGUCACUUUUAUUGACUUUCAGAUUCAAGGAUUUAACAUUGAAGAUGGACAGUUUGCUUAUGCAAAAGACUGUGCCUCCUUAUUUCCACCAGCAAUUCUGAUGGGCCUAGUGAUGUCUCUGAUUUUGCUUCUUGUUCUAGCUUAUGCCCUCCACAUGCUGAUACACUUGAAAUCCCUUGACAGGCACUAUGAAUGUAAGGCAUCUCCUUCUUAUUUUCCACAAAUGAAAGACAUUGAUACAGCAGAUGAAAAAGAACCACUGCGAAAUAAUGGGAAUGAAGCCUAUGAACUCACAAGCCAACAGUACUGUAAAAUCUACAUUUAGCUGUGUCUAUAUGUUCCAAGGUCAGAUAACAAACUACUCCUGAGGUACUUUUGCAUACUGUGAGGUCAUGUUAGAGUUUUGAGCAUCUCAGCUUUGAUAUCAAUAGCAAGAUUUCUAGUCCUUAUGAUUGUGAAGAGAAAUGUCAGUGUACUUCAGCGGCAGUUACUAAUUUCUCUAAAAUUAAAAACAAAGAAAAAGAGACCAGUUAUAUUACAUUUCCAGUGUGCAUUUAGAAGAUUUUGACUGAUGGUCAAGAAUAUAUGAGACUACAAAACAGUUGUUAUAAUAUUUGGCAAAAAAACACUCAACAGGCAAAGCAGGACUUGUCACACUUUGAAAACUGCCAGGACUCCUCUAAAGUAAAAUAGCACUGCCGGAUAUGCAGAACAAAAGUUAACUUUUGGUUGGCCACUGAAGAUUGCAGUUUUUGCUAUGAUACUAGAGGAUUCUGAACUACUGCAUUAUGCAGGUUAAGUGGUCUGCUCUGCUCACAAAAAUGGUUACAGAUUCUCUGCUGCUGGAAUAUCACCAGGCUUGGGGCAGAAUGAAAUACAUGCACUUGGUCUACAUCCUUCAGUGAGCUUGUCUUCUCUGCAAUGCGUAUGACUUCAAAAUCAAUGGUCCAAAGCAAUGUUAAUUGCUGGUCAUCUUCAAAAUGACCACUCCUUGUCUUGUACCAGUUUGCAUCCCAGAAAUGCCACCAGUCCAUCAAAUGGCAGCUGAUGUCCUCCUUUUGAAGAAAUUCUGCAAACUCUGUCAGUUCUGCAUUGAUAUGUCAAGCAGAUUUGCCGUGGAUCUCCAUCUUCUGAUGCCCUCAGUCUGAGCAAAUUUCUCCUGUUUGUUGUAUCACAGUGAAAUUAUCAGCAUUUGGUUUCUGAUGUUCUGUUCUUCUGAUAUUUAGCUAAAUGUUUUUUACUAAAUUAUUUCUCUGAUAAAUGAUCAAAGGAU